AUAUAAUUUCCACCUGUUCAGCGAUUUGUUUUAUCGGUGUGAAACAGCAGCUGUUCAGUAAUUUAGUCAUCCUUGGAAUAUAAAUACCAGAAAGAGACAUCAAAGCAUCCAGACACACUGAUUUUCAGCAGCUCACUUGGACAGAAAUCUGACCAUGAAGCUGGUAUCCGUCGUCCUCCUCCUCGUAGUUCCACUGUUGACCAGCUGCCAGCAGCUCGUCCUCCCAGUGGACUGCAGUGACAUCUAUCACCAUGACAACAGCCAACCCAGUGGAGCGUACACCAUCUACCCCAUCGGAUCCACGUCUGCUGUCCAGGUGUACUGUGACAUGGACUCACAACAAGGACGGUGGACGGUGUUCCAGAGAAGGAAGGACGGCUCAGUGAACUUUUACAGGCCCUGGGAUCAAUACAAGAUGGGCUUUGGUAGCGCUAUUGGAGAGUACUGGCUCGGUCUUGAGAAUCUCUUCCACCUGACUCUGAGGAAACAGUACGAGCUGCUGGUGGACAUGGAGGACUUCAGUGGAAACAAAGUGUUCGCUCGUUACUCCUCAUUCUCCAUCGACCCAGAAUCCUAUGGAUACCGACUGCAUGUAUCUGGGUUCACUGAUGGAGGGGCAGGAGACUCCUUGAGUUUUCACAACGGACAGAAGUUCUCUACCUUCGACAAAGACCAGGACUCCUCGUCUGGCAACUGUGCCAGAUCAUACCUGGGGGCGUUCUGGUACAAUAAUUGUCACCAUGCAAACCCAAACGGGGUUUAUCGUUGGGGGGCUGACGCGACUCUCUUUGCUGUUGGAGUGGACUGGUACCAUUGGAAGGGUAAUGACUACUCUCUGAAGGCCAUCAGCAUGAAGAUCCGUCCUGUGCAGUAAAUCUCCAGGACCAACAUACAGCAGAAUAUCAGCUGAUGAUUUGUUUCUCUUUUCACUCUCACUUAUCUAGAACAUAAUCUCACAUGUUUAUAUGGAGUCUGAUAAAGUGUUGAUAAUUUAUAGAACAGAAAAAGAUAAAGAAAACACAUAAAUAAUAAAAGCAAAUGUUUCGAAAAAUUAAAGAAGAGAAAAAGAAAAGCCAGUCAACAUGUAAAAUGGUCGAAGUAAAUAUUUCCAUCUAAAAUAAAAGUCAGAGUUUGAUUGUGUGGGUGAGCAGCUGCUGGCUGUAAAGAGAAAUGAUUCUCUGCUGGUUAAGAUAUUGCCUUCAGUCCGCUGGCUGCAGCUAAACACACUCUCAGCUUUAAAGUCAAACUAACUAGUUUCAACAUAACGUUUGGUGGAGGCUUGAAUCUUUAUCUGCUGCACAGUGACAAUAAAUGAGAAGCUGAGCAGAAA